AUGGCGGAUAAAGCAAAAACCAAUUGCAAUAAGUAAUUUCCGAAUUAGUGUUUUACCGGCGUCAAAUGGCUGCCAAAAACACCGAGAAGGAGAAGGGCGAGGGCCAGGAGCCCACCACCCCGGCAGAGAAACCAGAUCCGGCCGCAUCCACUGAUCCCACCGAGCAAAAGACCAAGGAACCGGCGACGGAGGACACAACGCCGACCAAAAAGGAUGGAGGCCGCAAGAGGAAGCGCCACUUGUUCAACUCCAUUCGCGGCCAAAUGGAGUUCUAUUUCGGCGACGCCAACUUGAGCAAGGAUCGCUUCCUGCGCCGCUAUGUGGAGCAGGAUCCAUAUGUACCAUUGGAGAUCUUUCUGACAUUCAACAAGAUCAAGACGCUCACCCAGGAUGUGCAGCAGAUAGCCAAGGCGUUGAGCAACUCCCAGCUCUUGGAACUGGAUGAGACCAAGCUGAAGGUGAAGCGCAGGACCAAGCUGCCGGAUCAGCGCGAUGUCAACGACAAAACCCUGUAUGUGGAGGCUCUGCCCGCCAAUGCCACCCACGAUUGGCUUAAGGAGGUGUUCAGCCGCUACGGACCGGUGGCCUACGUCUCCCUGCCCCACUAUCCGGGCACCAAGAAGAUCAAGGAGUUCGCCUUCAUCGAAUUCGAGAAGAGCGGCUCCGUGGAGAAGGCAGUAAAGGCUUUUGCCCAGGUUCAAGGCGUUCUGUCCGUGGAAACCGAUCCUGGCGAACUGGCCAGCGUGCGCUCAUUCCAGCAGCAACAGCAGCUGCAGCAGAAAGCCGAUCAGCCGCAGGAGGAGGCCGACCAAGUAAAACCGCCCAAGCGAAGCCUAAAAAGAGAGGCUGGCGAUAAGGAUCGCGAGGAUGGACAAGAUGUGAAACGUGUCAAGCUAGAGGUGGACCAGCCCAGCGAGACCUCCACUGCGGAGGAAACAUGCAGCGAAACGGAUGCGGAGGCCACGGCAGAGGCUUCGGAACAGGAGGGCAAGACAGAGCCAACCGAAGGCGAUGCAGCUGCCAAGAAGCGUCGUCGCAAGCGGAAGAAGAAGACCAUUGUAGACAAGCCAAACAUUGAGCCCAGUGCCCUGGAGCUCAAGGUGCUGCCCAAGACCAGUUGGAGCAGUCUGCGCAACAAGUACUUGAAUCUGCAGCGUCGCCUGGUCAGCGAGGCCAAAAGCAAGCUGUGGCGGGAAAACCACCCGCAAAAUCAGCAACACCAUCAACACCAACAGCACCACCAGAACCUUUCCAAGCCAUCACAGCUGCCCGAGGCGGCCAAAGAGGAGGAAACCGGAGGCGAGGUGCCAAGCGAUGGCGGCGAAGCUGCAGCGGAUGCAGUUCCAGUGCCGGCCAAGCGCCGCAAGGCGGUGCACAAGAUGAACAUGAACUUCUACGGCGCUGGCGGCGUAGAAUCCACAAAAUCCGAAGAGCCUUCGCAGGAACGCACGCCCCUCUUCAAAUACGAGCCCGGACUGAUUGUAGAGUGUUCUCUUCUGGAGCCCUGCACCAAUGUGAAGGAGUUCAAGGCCGACAUGCGCCAGUAUCCAGAUAUUAAGUAUGUGGAUAUCAAAGAGGGUGAUCAGGUGGCCCAACUGCGUAUGGCCACUCCUUCCGCCGCCGAGGAACUGGUGCGCCAGGUCAACUGUGCCGAGAGGCAGCUAAAGGUGCUGUCUGGUCAGCAGGAGACGCUCUAUUGGCGCAAAAUCGAGCAGGAUCGCGAGGCGAAACUCUCGAAAAAGGUGCGCGUACAGCAGAAGCGCGGUCGCGAGAAGGUCUCCAAACUGCUGGCCAAGCACAUCAAGUUCGAUGAAGGUGAUGAUGAAGUACAGGCGGCCGCCAUGGAAUGAGCCAACGAUCCGUUGGGGUGAGUCUACAAGCUGUACGGUUUCAGAAAACAAUCUGAAUCUUAAUAAGCAAAGAAGCACAGAAGAGUAGCAGUAGUACAUUUAAUAAUAGAAGAAAAUGUCUGUGAAAGAAUUUAAUUUUAAAAACUGCCAAGAAAUAUGAAUCAAUAAAUCUACUGAUUUAAAGGAACCACCUUUACCUAUUUAA